UAAUCAUCAUCCUUACCACAAACCCAAAAAACACUCUCUCUCUUUCUCUCUUUCUCUUUCACCAAAAAAUAAAAAACAAAAGCUUUUUUUUUUCUUUAUUUCUUCCCAAACUCAAAAACUCAGCUUCCUCUUCCUCAAAAACCAACCAUAAACAUAGUAGAAGAAAGAAGAGAAAAGGGUAUAUAUAUAUAUAUAUGAGAUGGGCACUAUAAUAAAUCCAUUCAAAGAUCAAUACCAUUCAUCUCAAUCUUUCUUAACCAAAAAGCUCUUACCUUGGACCAUAUAUUGUAUUCUUCCCAUAGCUGUGUUUCGCUUAUACUUUUACCCUCUUAACCUUCCUCUUUCCUCAAUAGAUCAAUUCCCUAAUUCAACCCCAAUUACUAUAAAACCUUCCUUAUCUCAUCCUCCUCCUUCUCAAGGAAAUGAAGGAACUUUAAAUGCAACUUCUUCUUGUGAUUACACAAGUGGCAAAUGGGUUCCUGAUAAACAGGGUCCUCUGUACAAUGGCACAAGUUGUGGAACAAUCAAACAAGGUCAGAAUUGUAUCUCCCAUGGCAGACCUGAUCUGGGUUUUCUCCAAUGGAGAUGGAAACCCAAUCAGUGUUCAAUUCCAAGGUUUAACCCCAACACUUUUCUUCAACUCAUUCAAAACAAACACAUAGCUUUUGUUGGUGACUCCAUGGCCAGAAAUCAAUUAGAGUCUCUUCUUUGCAUGUUGUCAACAGUCUCAACUCCUAAUUUAAUCUACAAAAAUGGUGAAGAUAGCAAAUUUCGUAGAUGGAAUUUCCCUUCUCAUAAUGCCAACCUCUCAAUUUACUGGUCACCAUUUCUUGUUCAAGGAGUUGAAAAAUCAAACAAUGGUCCAAACCAUAAUAAGCUUUAUUUGAAUAGAGUUGAUGAGAAAUGGGGUUCUGAAUUAGGUACUAUAGACCAAGUUGUUCUCUCAAUUGGGCAUUGGUUUCUUCAUCCAGCUGUUUAUUACGAUCAAGAUUCUGUUAUUGGUUGCCAUUAUUGUCCUGGUUUGAACCAUACUGAGAUUGGUUUCUAUGAUGUUUUAAGAAAGGCCUUAAAGACCACUCUUAAUGCAAUAAUGAAGAAAAGUGAAGAAGCUAAAGGUAAACGAAUCGACGUCGUUUUGACUACUUUCUCUCCUUCCCAUUUUGAAGGUGAAUGGGAUAAAGCUGGGGCUUGUCCUAAAACAGAGCCUGAAUUAGAGGAAAAGUUGGUUGAAGGAAUGAAUGGUGAGAUGAGAAAUAUUGAGGUUGAAGAAGUUGGUUUUGCUAAAGAGAAAUCUGAUAAAGGGUUUAGAGUUGAAGCUUUGGAUGUUACUAAGCUAUCAUUGAUGAGACCAGAUGGUCAUCCUGGUCCUUAUAUGUAUCCAUUUCCAUUUGCUAAUGGUGUCACUGAAAGGGUUCAAAAUGACUGUGUUCAUUGGUGUCUUCCUGGGCCUAUUGAUACUUGGAAUGAGAUUUUGUUAGAGGUCAUGAAGAAAUGGAAUCUGGGUCAAUCUUGAAAACAAGAGUUCAGUUACGAUUUUCUGAACUUUUACAUGUACCAAAUUAUGUUUCGAAAUUAUUCUGAAUUAUAGAAAUUGUUGGAUUUAGAGAUUUCUUUCUGUCAAAUUCUUUUAGUACAUGGACAAUAAAAUUAGACAGAAGUCUUUGAGUUCAGAAGAAAAUUAUUCAUAGUGGCAAGAAUGAGCUCUUCUUAUGUGAUGAAGAUGAAUUUAGGAAACAAUUGGGGGAGUUUUUGGAAUUUGAAAUGAUUUUUUUUGUGAAGAGAUACUUCUGACAAUGGAAUUUAAUGGUGGUGCCAAAGUAGUUUUGGACCUUUAUGAUUGAUUGAUCUGUGAAGCUUAUUACAAUGGUCUUUCAAAAAUUAUAUGAAGUACAGAAUUUUGUAAUUGCUGUCAUUGGCACUUCUGCUGUUUUUUUUGUUUGAAUCAAGAGUUUAUAUACACAUGUAUAUUAUCUAUAUAUGAAUAUAUAAUGUGUGAUUUUUUUUGGGCUGAUUUCGUACUCGGUUCCUGCAAUUUGACAGCCUUCAUAUUUUUGUCUCUUGAGGAAUUUGUUUGGAUGUGUUGAGAAUAAAAAGGUAUUUUUCACUUUA